CCUACACUGACCCACAGACAUGCAGCCUGCAGACAAACUCCCUCUGACACACAGGACGCCUUUCUCCGUGGAGGACAUCCUCGACCCUGCAAAGUUCACCAGGAGGAGGAUCUGUGUGGAGGAUGCGGAGACCACAGAUCCCCUCUCUCACAAAGUCAAGCCCAGGGAGGAGCUCCAUCCUCCUCCAGGUGGAGCCAGCAGCCCCGAGGAGGAGGAGGAUGAAGAGGAGACUCCGGUGAAGCAGCAGAAGUCUAAAACCAAACGCCGCCGUAUCCGCACAGCCUUCACGCUGCAGCAGCUGCAGCUCCUCGAACGCAGCUUCCACAGGUGUCACUACCUGUCGGUGCUGGAGCGCCACAGCCUCGCCUCCUCGCUGCGCCUCUCAGAGACUCAGGUGAAGAUCUGGUUCCAGAACAGACGCACCAAGUGGAAGAAGGAGCGGCAGCAGCAGGGGAUGGAGGCCGAGGAGGAGCACGUCUUCAGCUCUCCUCCUCCUCCUCUGUGCUCCUCUCUCUCCUUCAGUCCUCUCUUCUGUCAGCAGCCCGCUCCUCUGCACAUGUUCCCUCCUCUGCUGCCAUAUCCACGUUUUUACGCGUAAACCUGCAGACUGAAACAAAACGGACACACGUGCAUCUGCAGGAGACGUCUAUGCACAGAGAUGGCACAAAGAGAGCCGUCAAAGAGCCACACAGGACUGAGAUUAAAGAUAUUUUUAUGUAAUUAUGAUCUAAAUUAUUUUGAUUAACAUUUUGCAAUAAAGUGCUUCUUGUUUGUUCCUUUAAUAUAUUGAUUUAACAUGAUAAUAUCCCAAAGGAAACACAAUAUAUUUUUGUACCUCACAGUAAAAUGUGACUCUUAAAAUCCAAAUAAGUUGUUGGAAAUCAUUCAGACUUGUGUCUCCAAAAAAAUGCAUUAAAGAUGUUUUAUUUUUCUACUCAUA